CUCUUGCUAUUCUUGCAUCCUCCUUUCCUUCUGCACAGCUUUGAAACAGUCGACGUCAUUUCUCUCGCGCUGUUCGACUUGCUUCCUUUUGUAUUAGGCUUCUUAAGGCCUACGAACCACUGUGAAGCAGUUUGCAUUUGUGGGCGUGCUCGUUUUUGGUCAGUCCACUUUGCAGCUGUAGCGUGACACUCCCUCUCCAGCGUUCUUCAGCCUAUGCCGGCUUGUGCUUUGGAAUUCGACACCGCUAUGGAAUAGGAUUCUGGCGGUUCAGGAGCGUCGCCGUGGAGUUGGCGACAUUUCGCUUGUCGGCAUUUUAACAUCUCGGCGAGCACCACACUUCACCAGCUUGGAGCAGGCGGCGUAUCAACCUUUGUGGUUGGUCAUUUGCAUCCGCGCGUGCAAGCAGGGUGCUUUGGGUGUGGCGGUUGGGGGAGCCCUGCAGCACUUGGCUGUUUUUUUGGGGUGUGGCUCGUCUUCGUGCCCUUGUUGCCUGGCGCCCGGCUGCCUGGCGCCCGCCCUGCUGUGAUGCCCUACUUGGCAGCGGACCGCACCCCUGCAGGUGGGGGCAACACUGCCAGCCCGUUCUUCAGCCCCGGGCUGCAGCUCCACCUUGCCCUGUCCACGCAUAGCGUGGCGCACGGCGUGCAGGACCUGACGACGCAGCCUCAGGGCCCCAGCCUGCCUACAUACCCAGUCCUUCUGGUGGGUGCCACCACGGGGCUCCCAGAGGGCGAGCAGCUGUCCUCAGCCGGCGUCCGGGAGGUGACCAGUGCUGCCCUGUCAGUGCUGGACACCAUGUGCAGGCAGGGCAACCAGCCGCAGCUCUUGCAGGGCCACUCUCUGCACAGCACAGGCCGCCCCUCCCGCACGUUUGCGGGGCUGGCCUUCAGCCGGCGCGCGACCAGCGCCAGCAAAGCAGCCUUCACAGCGGAGCUCAUGCGCAAGUCGCCGCUGGCGGUACCGCUCCAGCGCGGUCAGGCUGUCCUCACGGUUCAUGUGCCAGUGGACACCCGGCCCAUCAUUCCGGGCACCUACACCGUCACGGUCAAGAUGGUAGGGGGCCCUGUGUGGGGGGCUUUCCGCGGUCGCACCAAUUUGGUGCUGCAGGCGGGCGGCUAUCCCACCACCUCAGACCCCUCUAACCUGGCGUGUGCUUAUGUGGUCUCAGAGCAGUGCGCCAAAUCGGUGGGCCCCAAGGGGGAGCCCCAGGCCCCCGCAGGCCAGGGCAUCACCAACCACGUCUUUGCCUGUGUGCGGGGCCCCAUCUGGGACCCGCAGCUCUCUCACCUGCAUUGUGCCAAGUUUGAGAUGCCCGGUGAGGAGCCCAUGCAGGUGGAGGUCCGUGGCGCCCCCCAGGCGGCUGGGACAGCCAUGACAGCUGCGGCAGGCAGCCCUGCUCCGGCUGCAGCCGGGGUCGCCGACCUGGGUGGCAACACCUUGGGUGGUGUGAGGCCCGCGGCUGCCAUGGCGACCGCAGCGGACAUCGUUGACCACGUGGGGGACGUGCAGAUGCAGGAGGCGGCAGCUGGUGGCGCCAGUGGGCCACUCAGCGGGGCCCCACCCCUGCUGCCAGUUCUGGUGGCGGGGGGAAGCAACCGUGCUGCUGCGGCUGCCCUGCGGGCCGCGCUGCAGCAGCAGCCCUCUUCGCAGCAGCGGGUGGCAACGGGAGGGCUUAGCGGGGUCCAGCCGGCGGAAGGCGUGGGGGGGCCGCCGGCGGCCAGGCCUCGCCCUGCCGGUGCUGGGCCGGCUGGCGUGCUGCAGCAGCACAGUGGCGCUCCCGCGCCACGGCCGCCCUUGGAUCAGCGGGCCGCCGCCGGGCAGGAUCAGGAGCAGACCGCUGUGAUGCGGCGGUACUUGGCCGAGCUGGCGGACCUCAAUCUCCAGCAGAAACGGCGGUUACAGCAACAGCAGCAGCAGGAACUGCAGCGCCAGGGGCAGUCGCCCAGGCCCCGGACCGGCUCCCAGGUUGUGGUCCUGGCCACGCGGGGGGGGCAGGACGGGGCGGGCGGUGGCCCUGGCGCGGCGGCGUCACGGCGUGGGCACAGUGUGGAUGGGGCGUGGCAGCCUGCCUGUGUGCUGCAGCACCGCAAGCCGCGGCACCUGUGGACCUUUGAAGAGCGGGCGGCGUACGAUGCAGCAUCACCAGGGGAACGGGCAGGGGCGUGGCCUCGGGCGCCGUACUUCCUGGCGCCGGAGGCUGGGGUGGUGGUGCACCCGGAGCACUGCCGGAUUGCGGGUGUCAGCUUGGCGGACUACACGGUGCGGGACGUGCGGCGGGCCAUCACCGCGGCCAACCCGGCCGCCCCUCUGGCUCCGGCCCGCCCCGCAGCCAUGCCGUGCCCGGCGCCAGCACAGCAGGCGGGGGAUUCGGGGCCCCAGCCGGCGGCUCAGUCGCGGCUGGCGGAGUGGGAGGCGGAGUGGCAGCGUGCAGCGGUGCAGCUGACCACCACGGCGGCGCAGCAUUUCCACAAUAACCCGGUGGCUCUGGACCCCUGGCUCCACCGCACCUCCGCGGCAGCCGGGCUGCAGAACACGCCGCUUCUCACCGCACAGCUCAAGGCGGCUAAGCUGGAGCACUUUGUUGCCAUCUGGUCGGCGGGUGGCGCGCUUUGUGAAGUGGAGGAGGUUCAGGCUCUGGUGGCGGGGGGAAGCACCCGUGCUGCUGCGGCUCCCCUGAGGGCCGAGCGGCAGCAGCAGCCCUCUUCACAGCAGCGGGUGGCAGCGGGAGGGCUUAGCGGGGGGCAGCCGUCGGCAGGCGUUGGGGGGCCGCCGGCGGCCAGGCGUCGCACUGCCGAUGCUGGGCCGGCUGGCAAGCAGCAGCAGCCCAGUGGGGCUCCCGCGGCACAGCCGCCCUUUGAUCAGCGGGCAGCCGCCAGGCAGGAUAAGCAGCUGGCAGCUGCGAUGCAGCGGUACUUGGCCUACAUGGCGGACCUCCAUCUCCAGCAGCAACGGCGGGUACAGCAACAGCAGCAGCAGGAGCAGCAGCGCCAGGUGCAGCCGCCCAGGCCCCGGACCGGCUCCCGGUUUGGGGUCCUGGCCACGCUGGGGGGACAGGAUGGGGCGGGUGAUGGCGCGGCCACGGCGGCGUCCGGGCGUGGGCGACGGGUGCAACCAGCCGCGCACGCACCGCCGCCGCCGCAGCAGCAACAGCCCCGCUCCAAAGGGCGCUGUGGCCCCGCCCAGCUCCAGCAGCAGAGGGCAGGGCGCUUGGGCGGCGGGCUGCCUCCCCCGCAGGACGGUGCUAGCUCGCCGCCGCACGUGCCCACUGGGCGGCCGGCCGGGGGCCAGCAGGCUGGUGGGGGCAGCGGGUCGGGGCGCCAGGGUGGAGGAGCGGGGCGGGCAGUGCCCCAGGCGCCGCCCCAGGUGGGGCCGCCACUGCAGACGUCACAACCGGUGGGUGGUGGUAAGGACAGGGGCAGGGGCCUGGGCGCGCCGGCUGGGGUUUCGGCCGACACGGCUGGGCGCGCUGGUGGGGGCGCGGGCAGUGAGGCGGAGUACGGGGCCAUUUGCCUGAAUCGUGACACGUGUGUUGCCAUCGGCUCUGACCUCGUGACGCACCAGAACCGCUGCGCAGAUGUGCAGGGGUAUGAGUGGGCGCAGCUUGGCCGCGAUGCGCUUGGUGGCCGCCUCCUCGCCUACCUCCGUGACCAGGGCGCCACCGUACCGGACUGGGCCGUCUGCCGCGUGCCGGCCGGCCGUACCGCCGUCCUGGCACAGCUGCACGACGAGUUCACUGGCUGGUGGCGCCUAUACUCAGCCCAGCCGGCAGACACGCCCCUGCCUUCCGACGUGACGGAGCAGCUGGAUGACGCCGCGCAGCAGGUGCAGACGGCCUACAUGGACUACGUGCUCCAAGACGCCCGCACCCUGCGGUCCGCUAAGCGUGGGCCGCCGGCGGACCCCGGCGGGGCCAUCGGGCCCAGCCGCCGGCAACGCCAGCACCGCAGCCGCAGUACCUCCAGCCUCAUGAGCCUGGGCAGCGCUCCAUUGCGCCCCGGCGGCGCCAGCUCAGGCGCCGCUAGCAUGAGCACCAGCAGCGGAGAAUGCAUACAAAUACACCUCUUACCAACCUCGCAAGCUCGUCGCUAGGAAAUAUGUGGAAAAUGGUUGCUCGGCGAAAGGUGGAGCGAAAGUCCGCAGGUAUCUGCGUUCUGAUAUGCUUUGCACUCUGCAUGCUGACAACCAACGCGACCACGGCUGGGAACGCGUCUGGCUCUGCCGCGGCCGACCGCUGGUUUGACCGGGGACCGCCCCGGCAUUCCAGCGCUUUCGCGCUAUUGGGCAACCAUGACCGUACCAUGCCAAUCCAAAAGUGGUCUGCAAGAGGUCUCACGACCUGCACCGAGAGCUCGGCGAAAGGGGGAUGUUCGCAUGUUUGCAACAGCCGGGCAACUGGCGCACAGCUGCCAGCCCUAAGCCACACUGAUGGCCCCAUUGCGACACAUGCAAUUAACCAUGCACACGGUAGCGUGUGGAGGGAGAACUUCAGCUUUGCGCACUCGAUGUUCACAGUACACUCGAACCCCGCGAACGCGACGCUCUUGUCGGAUCGCUGCUCUCAGAAAGGCAUAUUUGAUACCAGUAUACUGCACACGACGUGCUACACAGCUGGCAAGCGUGCUGGCGCCGAACCUUUCGGCAUGUCGCCAAAGAGACCUUCGCAAAGCCCAACUGCUGCAAAACACCCGUCUUUUGAGGAGCUUAUAAGCUCCAAGCACAUACCAGUUGCCUCAGAGCCGCUCGCCAACGACGUCCCAGAAAGGGGUCGAGCCGAGCCUCUUGGCCUCCAGUAUUAUACAGCUAAUUCCCAGCUCUAUGAAAAUGCGAGUUUGCUCACAGAACCACAACCGACAAGCUCCGAACGAAGGCAAUACCGAAGCCCUAGCGGACUCCUGUCGCGCGCAAAGGUUAAGCCCAAGCCUGGAUGCAACAACAUACGCAAUGCGAUGACAAAGGCUUUGCAGCCGGUAGGGGAGGGGCUCCUUUCUACCAAUCUGAAAAUAGCACAGGCAUGCAAGAAUGGCGUGACAAAGUUAUGCACAGCGGAGGGAGUAUACCGUUCAUAUGCGACUAAGACAAUCGGGCUGCUUGCAGAGAGCCUAUUGACGAGUGUACUUGCGCUGGGCGACCUGGGCAAUCGGCAUGGAGGAACCCUGCUGCGCUCCGGUGCUUCCGCACUGCACUCCAUGGCAGAAACAGCCUACGGGCCGCAACCGACCCUUAACUG